UCGCUGCUCAGCUUGAUUUGGACGCUGUGUCUUUAACCGGACAGCUGCAUACCUCCUCGUCUCUUCUCCCGCCGGCCGGAUCCCACGGAGAUCACGGACACUGUGAGCAUUUCAAUCACCAACAUGGACUUCUCCAUCAGAGCAGCCAACGUGGAGGACUGCAAGGACAUCGCGAGGAUGAUCCUGGAAUUGGCUGAAUAUGAGAAAAUCGUCGAUCACGUGAAAAUCACACAGAAAGACUUGGAGCAGGAUGGCUUCUCCAAAAACCCGUUCUUCCAUGGGAUCGUUGCUGAGGUACCAGAACAGCACAGAACCAAAGACGGCCAUACGAAGAUAGGCUACGCACUUUACUUCUACUCCUACAGAUCGUGGUCGGGCAGAGCCAUUUAUAUGGAGGACUUGUAUGUGAUGCCUGAGUUCAGAGGGAAGGGCAUUGGGAAAGCACUGAUGAGCAAGGUAGCACAGCUCGGCCUGGCUGCUGGCUGUGGUCAGCUCAACUUCACAGUCCUCGACUGGAACAAAUCAUCCCUGGACUUUUACCUCAACCAGGGUUGCACCGAUGUCACAACUGACAUGGGCUACCACUACAUGAGCUGCAAAGGAGAAGCACUGGAGCACCUGGCCCAACCCUAACCCGACCGCGUGCUCAUGGAGACACGACCUUUGAAAGUAACAGGGUCAACAUACGCAGUACAGGGAUAGAGUGGCCCCGUUCCAAAACGUAACUAUGACAAUCGUUCCAUUGAAUGCACAAAACAAGUAAAAAAAGAUAAUUGACUGUUUUGCCCUGCCCCAUGCUACGCUUGUUUUCCAAUGAUAGCACAGAAGCAGCAUUAAAUAAGAAAAAAUGGCUUAUUUAUUAAUUCCUGGAAUUCUCGCACUGUGAGUCUUCAAUUUCAUGCAGAUCUUACUGUAAGAACUCUCAUUUGGAGCUGAUAGGAGACAUUUUAGUCAGCUAACAUGUCAACAGCUGGGAGUCUUUUCAGUUGUAGUUAGAUAAUGCUAGCUUAAAGGCUGCAGCUAAAAGCCCCGUUUCCACCAAGCCGUCAGGUCCGGUUCAGUACAGUUCGGUACAGUUUGUAAACCCUGAUCUGGCUGGUGUUUCCACAGCCAACCUUACUUGAUAAGCAAAGUGUGAGCAACAUGACGACAGCCGCAUCAGCUUCCUAACACAUGUAGCUUGGCGCAAGUGUAGCCCGCCAAUAAAUUCAACGCAGAAGAAUCUCCAAAGUCGUCCAUGGUGCUGAUAUUAGUCACAAAAAAAAAGAACAAUAGCCUUGAAAUGACAUGGCCCGUUUUGUGUUUGUCCUUUAUUACCCACGGGGAGUGAUGAUACCUUCGACCAAUUGACGGACUGCAGUGUGUCUCCGGCCUUCAGGAUCAGAUCAGUACUCUUACCCCAACAGAAGGGUAGCAUGAAAGUAGGAUGGUACGAAUCUCUUAUUUUGGUACCAUUCCCAACUUCAGACAGUGAAAAUGCCAAUAAAUGCGUACCGCACAAAGCCGUACCAAACCGAGCUGAACCGGACCCCUUGGUGGAAAUAGGGCUUAACUCACUGAUUUGGUUAACUUUAAAAAAAAUAUAUAUAUAUGAGUCUUCAAUUUAAAAAAAACUAAAUCAGCAUCCUCUUUAUAUGUGAUGACUGUUUUGUCAGCUGACAUGACAACAAAUAGCAUAAUUAGUAGCUGUAGUUGGCCAGCUCUAGCUAAUUGAUACUAAAUUGCAUAUUUGGCUGAAAGCUUCUUCUACAGACGUCUGUGUGACAGUCCAGCUGACUCGCUCUACCGAAAUCCCAAGAUGGAUAUAUACUCGAUUCAUGGCUUGAAAAAAUAGCACUGAAGCUAGGCUACAAGCCAGACGGAUAUUGAAAAAACAAGGCAGUUUUUUCUUGCAGUCUAGCUUGGCUUUAUAACCUAGGUAUUAUACUACCACGAAUAAAAACAUUAAUAAAAAAGACUGCUUACAUCUGCUGUUUAAACCACAGUCUACUUAAAAUACAUGUAAACCAUGAAGUUAAUGCAAGAGCCUCAACAUGAAGGCUGCCUUGUUCAGGUAGAUAGGGGGGCGAGGAACAGUCAAUUAGCUUAGCUUCAGGGUUAAGAAUGCAAAUUAAAGUAUUGGAAUGGGGCCCAUGCAAUACAAUUUAAUAGUACAAAACUUAGGCGCUGACAUGUGUGUUUUGUGUUUUCCCUUGUGGGGCUUAAUGACUUGGAGCACCUUUUGAUUUUGUGUUUAAUCAAAUAAGAAGGAAAACGAAAGGUUGGCAGUUAGAAGGGUCUAACAGUUGUGUAUGAAUCACAAAUUAUAACACCUUUUUUUGCACAAAUAUCCAGACAAACAUUAUGCAUUGGGUAGACAAACUGUAUGUUUCUGUGUAUGAGUGUUGCUAAGAGGGAGUUUUUUUUGAUAUCGCAUCCCUUUUAAAUGACAAAAGCGACCAAAGAGUAAUAAGGUCACUUCUACCCUCGUCUUCCGGACAUGGAGCACUGUUGUUGCACAGAUGUUGUGAAGCACAAUGCUGCUGCUAGCAAGGUUUUCAUCCACUAUAUCUAUGUGUUGACAGUUCUUGAGAUCAGAUGGUGAAGAAAUGGGUUAGGCGCCAUUUCAACCUACUUUAGGACUGUUUUAAUAGAAAGGCUUUCUUUAAAUGAGACAAGAAAAGAAGCAUCUGGGAGGGAUAUAAAAAAAUGUUAGACUUGGAGCGUUCUCAGUUUAAGUCUUUGACCCUGUCCUGUUGAAACAAAAGGGAAAUAAUUCUGGUCUGCACUUCUGUUUUAUAUCCAGUCUAUAUACUUUUUUUAAACUCCUUGUAUCAUUUCCAGCAAUUUAAUGAAAACAAUCUGAGCUGCGGGUUAUAUUAAGUUUGUUUUCUCUAGCUCUAAACAAGUAAGAACCACUGACCCUCCUCUAGAGGUUUUGCAAUUUUCUUUUCUGACUUUGUUUGCAAAAUAAUUGAGUAAAGAAUGUGCAGGGUUGUUUUUAAAAGUCUUUAGGAAAUUGUUUUGUAAAAUACUCCUGUAUAUUUGUUGAAAUGUGCAAUAUAUACAGACAAGUACAUUUUAUAUGCUUGGAACAUGUUCCAGAAAUCAAUAUACAGUCCAAGGAAACAGAAAGAGACAUUUAAAGCUGCCAUUGUUUGAAUACUCCAACUCCAUGCCAACCCAGAGCGAUGAAAUACACAACUUGAUACUUUGCUCCCAGUGAUGCUUGUUGUUGAAGUUCAAUCAUGAUUCCUAUCGAUUAAUUGCAAUAACUCAGACGACAAGAGCAUUUUUUGUUCUGUACAAAUGAUGAAAAAAAUGAAAGUUAAAUAUUCGAAAUGCUUAUUCACAUUUGUGUGUGUGUAAUUGACAAUGUGUCAGUGUGAGAGAGUAGAAAAGACAGCCAUCUAUUUCCACAACUUUCUGAAGUUGUUAGGAGAGCCAUAGGGACACUGUGUUCAAAUCAUAUGGUGAGAUAUUAUCAUGUGUUCAAACGUUUCUUUUGACUUGAUGUUUCUAUUCCUCACAUGUUUUAAUGUGUCUCAUUUAGUCUCUGAAAUGCUUAAAGUUAAAGCUGGUCAUUGUUCGGUUAAAUUCUGUGAAUCCAAGAAGUCAACUAGUAAAUCACCUCGUCCACUGAGUUUUUAAAAGGGCUUCAUAACAUCAUACUACAACUUCCCUCACUUCACAAAGCACCACUAAAGUCCCUCCCUUGUGCCAAAAGGGGAUUUAUGAGUUUUUCCACAUAAUGUGAUAAAUAUUAGAACUGUCGUAAACCAUGUCACAUGUAGAGAACCUCAAACCUGCAUGAUGGUCACAUAUUUUAGGCCACCUGUUGUCACCAAUUCCUGAAAACGGAGCGUGUUUCAAUGUUUACCUUCGCCCUUGUUCGACUGCUCUGCUCUUUCUGCACUGAGGAUUAAAAGCUGUCAGACUUAA